AAGAAAGAAGCAGCAAGUUGUGCGGGAAUUUGCGGCAACAUUAGAGUUAAACUACAGCGGAGAGUCUGUAGUUAUGUAAUUUACGAACACUCUGCUUAUUAUUCCCUUGCUGGAAACGAAGUUGUUUGAAAGCUGACACCACGUUCGCACGGUGAUUUAUCUGGAGACUUCAUUUGAACUUUACAAGAGCCCUGGGGACUCGGAGCGAGCACGAGCGCGAGGAUGAAGCGUUCUGCACGCGUGCAGGAUCUGCUGGGCGGCCUGCGUCCCGGAGUGCGCCCCCUGGAGGGGAAGUCUGUGUACUUACACGCCGUGAAGAGCCGCCACGCCGGCACCCUGACCAACCUCAUCACGCGCCACGGGGGGAGUAUUGAGGCGUUCUUGAAUAAGGAUGUGAGCUUUGUGGUGACUGGGCAGAAGACUCCACCUGCUGUGACAUCAAUGGGCGGAGCCAAACCAACGACAAAGGACGAUAGAAGCAAACAUCCUGCCAGCCCCAACCCGCAGGUGGCGCCAGUGUGUGGAAGCAGAGGAAGAGCCCUACUGGAGAAAGCCCUGCGCGCGCACACACACACUCACACACACCUACUGGACAAAGCCAUGCACAACAAUGUGAAUUUCAUGUGGUGUCUGGACUGGCUCACUGAGCGCUCCAAACAGAAAAGACUACCUCAGAUCAAAGCGUCUGAUGUGCCUGCAAGACGUGUGGUCAAAUCUGGAGCGUUGAAGUCGCCUUUCAUCAAAGUGGAGGACCGCAGCAGGAGGUUCAGGCCUGUGUAUGGCCAGUCUCUGACUCUCCCAGAGCUGAACUACAAGAGUCGCUUCAGUCCCUUUGAACUGCCCACUGGCCCCUCCCACAAACCCAAACGCACCAAUCAGCAAGGGCAACCAGAAAACAGGAGUGCAGAGCAGGCUGCCCCCCCCUCCCUGAAGCCCCGCAGGAAGAAUCCUGGAUACUGUGAGUGCUGCCAGCAGGCCUUCACCGACCAGGAGCAGCAUGUAACGUGUGAGAAGCAUCUAUCUUUUGCUGCAAACUCUGCUCACUAUGCUGUUCUGGACAAGCUGAUUGGCUCCUUGGAGUGUCCGUCCUUCCUUAGAUCCACCCUCUGCCAGGACCCCCAGCCGUCUUCACCCGAGUUUCCCUUGACCUCUGACCUCAACACACACAGCCACACCAACAUGGAUGCACGGACACACACACACUCCCCCCAACACACACCCAUACACAUACCCCAACACCCACACAACCAAAGCAAUCAGGAGGCAGUGACACACACACACUCCCCCCAACACACACUCUUACACACACCCCAACACCCACACAACCAAAGCAAUCAGGAGGCAGUGACACACACACACUCCCCCCAACACACACCCGUACACACACCCCAACACCCACACGGUCAAACCAACAAGGAGGCAGUGACACACACACACUCCCCCCAACACACACCCUUACACACCCCCCAACACCCACACAGCCAAGCCAAUGAGGAGGCAGUGACACACACACACUCCCCCCAACACACACCCUUACACACCCCCCAACACCCACACAGCCAAGCCAAUGAGGAGGCAGUGACACACACACACUCCCCCCAACACACACCCUUACACACCCCCCAACACCCACACAGCCAAGCCAAUGAGGAGGCAGUGACACACACACACUCCCCCCAACACACACCCUUACACACCCCCCAACACCCACACAGCCAAACCAAUGAGGAGGCAGUGACCGACACACAUGCCCCCCAACACACACACAACCAAAGCAAUCAGGAGGCAGUGACACACACACACACCCGCACACACACACACCAACACACACACAGCCAAACCGACCUGGAGGCAGUGACAGACACACACAGUCUUGGGGUGCAGACAGUCACACACACACCCCAUCACACACACAACUUGGAGAAUCUGGCAUGCCCAGAAACCCUCUCACACACACACAGCCCUGAGGUGCAGGCACCCGCACACACACCCUCACACAUGCUUGAGCACACACACAGCUCAGAGAUGGUGACACACACACUCACACACAUCCCAGAGAUUGUGAUAGAGGCAGACACACACACACUCUCACACACACCUCAACAUCACCAUAGCCCUGAGAUGGUUACACACACACUCACACACACACCUCAACAUCACCAUAGCCCUGAGAUGGUUACACACACACUCACACACACACCUCAACAUCACCAUAGCCCUGAGAUGGUGACACACACACUCACACUCUCACACACACCUCAGCAUCACCAUAGCCCUGAGAUGGUGACACACACACUCACACACACACCUCAGCAUCACCAUAGCCCUGAGAUGGUGACACACACACUCACACACACACCUCACCACACACCUCACCACACACACUGCAUAGAGAUGCUGGCAGUGACAGACUCCCCCAAGUCUGACACGACACACACACACACCCACAGACCAGAAGACCAGAGGACUAACCUACCCGACCCCCCCACUCUAAACAACCCCCCCACUCUAAACAACCCCCCCACUCAUACACCAGACGCCCCCACUUUAACUGACCCCCUCAGUCUAGCUGCGCUCUCAUUGGUGGAGCAGUCGAGUGCAGUGCUCCCAUUGGUGGAGCUGCCGAGUGCAGCGCUCCCAUUGGUGGAGCAGCCGAGUCCGAGUGCAGCGCUCCCAUUGGUGGAGCAGUCGAGUGCAGCGCUCCCAUUGGUGGAGCAGUCGAGUGCAGCGCUCCCAUUGGUGGAGCAGUCGAGUGCAGCGCUCCCAUUGGUGGAGCAGCCGAGUCCGAGUGCAGCGCUCCCAUUGGUGGAGCUGCCGAGUGCAGCGCUCCCAUUGGUGGAGCUGCCGAGUGCAGCGCUCCCAUUGGUGGAGCUGCCGAGUGCAGCGCUCCCAUUGGUGGAGCAGUCGAGUGCAGCGCUCCCAUUGGUGGAGCAGUCGAAUGCAGCGCUCCCAUUGGUGGAGCAGUCGAGUCCGAGUGCUGCGCUCCCAUUGGUGGAGCAGCCGAGUGCCGCGCUCCCAUUGGUGGAGCAGUCGAGCGCAGCGCUCCCAUUGGUGGAGCAGUCGAGUGCAGCGCUCCCAUUGGUGGAGCAGCCGAGUGCGGACGAGGCUGUGACGGCGGAGGUGGGCGUGUCCGUAGAGAUCCUGAGCUGUGAUUGGGUCGUGAAGAGCGGUGGGAGCGGUCUCUCGCCACCAGUGCUGUUGCCGUACCAACCAGAGUGUGACUUCAACCUGCGGAAACGCGGCCAAUCGCAAUGCGAUAACCCCGCCCCCAAGCGAUGCAGGACCGCCUCCGGGGAUCACACGCCCCCCCCGACUCCGCCCCCUGAUCUACAGGAAGAGCCCAUGACCACUUCCUGUCUGUCUGAGCCGGGGCCUCCGCUGCUCUAUCCUACCGGCGGCGGCCACGGGCCCGGGGGGGCGCUACCGAGCACAGCUGGAGCUGCUGCUGCUGCAGGGCUGCACUGGACCUGA